AUGUCUGACCCCCAGGCCUAUACUGUCGGCUGGAUCUGCGCCAUCACGGCCGAGUCUGUCGCCGCCCGGGCUUUCCUUGACGAGGAACAUGCAGGCCCGCGACAAGUCGCCCGGCACGACAACAACAGCUACGUGCUGGGCAAGAUCGGCAGCCACAAUGUCGUCGUUGCCGCCUUGGCCGAUGGCGAAUAUGGCACGACUUCAGCGGCAGCAGUAGCCAGAGACAUGCUCCACAGCUUCCCGAACGUGCGCAUCGGGCUGAUGGUCGGCAUCGGAGGCGGCGCGCCUAGCCUGAAGCAUGACAUUCGACUCGGCGAUGUUGUUGUCAGCAAACCAGGUGGUGGAAAUGGCGGCGUUUUCCAGUACGACUUUGGCAAAACCACCCAGAAUUGCUCGUUCCAGGAGACCGGAUUCUUAAAUCAACCACCGGUGCUGCUGCGGACAGCUUGUGCCACGCUUAGGGCCAACUAUGAAAUGAAGGGCCACCAGCUUGUUGACGACGUGAAUGCGAAACUGAAAAAAAUCAAGAAACGGAAGAAGUACACACGACCUGACCCGGCAAGCGACAGGCUCUACAAGCCUAAUAUUGUGCAUCCUUCGAGCUCACUCGAGGGCUGCGACAUCGCGUGCGGCGACGAUGCUACCUACCUCAUCGUUCGACACAGACGGGACGAGGAGGAGGACGAUCCUGCUGUCCACUACGGCUUGAUUGCCAGUGGCAACCAGCUGAUGAAGGAUGCGCGUAUCCGGGAUAAGUUAGCGUCGGAAAAGGACGUUCUUUGCUUCGAGAUGGAAGCAGCCGGCUUGAUGAACCACUUUCCGUGCCUGGUCAUCCGGGGAAUAUGCGACUACUCCGACUCACAUAAGAACAAGGAGUGGCAAGGCUUCGCGGCCAUGAUGGCAGCGGCGUAUGCAAAGGAUCUUUUACUUCAAAUCCCACCAAACAGUGUCGAGGCGGAGAAGCCUGUGCUCAAAGUCCUUAACACCAUUCAGGAAGGAUUGCACGGGUUAAAGCAGACGGCCGAUGAAACGAAGGUGGCAGUCGAGACUAUGCAUUCUGACCAUACGAUUCUUCUUUUCGGCCUACACCAGGGUGUACAGGACCUAAAGCUCGGCAAAGCUGAGGAUCUGUCCAUUGCCCGCAACCCGCAUUUCGUUGUACCGUUUCCUUCCGACCCCGAUUUCGUGAACCGAUCCGACAUAUGGGCAUGGAUGGAAGUGCAGUAUGCUGAGCCUGGGAUCCGCUUCGCUCUUGUGGGCUUCGGAGGAUUUGGCAAGUCUCAGAUGGCGAUCCAAUUCGCUCACCAAGUCCACACCGUCUCACCCGAAACCAGCAUCUUCUGGGUCCGCGGUAGCACGGAAGCGACAUUCGAAGAAUCCUACCGCUCCAUAGCAGACGCCCUGGCGCUCCCACGUCGCCGCGACCCCGGUGUCAAUGUUCUAGCGCUGGUCCGCGACUGGCUGCAGAGAAAGGACGCAAGUUCGUGGCUGAUGAUUGUCGACAAUGCAGACGACGUUACGACACUACUCUCCAAGAUGAAUGAGCAAGACGAUACGUCCAUGCCGAUAGCGUCGUACCUGCCCAAAUCGGACAACGGGAAGAUCCUCAUCACAUCGCGCAGCUGGGACGCCGCGGAAAUGUUAACGGGUAACGGCAAGAUGAUCAUCAGAGUCCCGACAUUGGACGAGGCGCAGGCACUACUUCUUCUCCAAAAAAAGCUAGGCCAAGAUAUCGACAAGGCUGCCGCGGUGCGUCUGGUUCACAGGCUCGACCAUAUCCCGCUUGCCGUGAACCAGGCAGCAGCGUACAUCUACAAACGAAGCCCUCGAGUGACUGUCCAUUCAUAUCUGGAUGAAUUCGAAAGGAGUGAAAAAAGAAAAGGCACUCUGCUUCGUAGCGAUAGAGGGGAUAUCCGACGAUACGACGGCCUGUCCAACUCCGUCAUUGUGACGUGGCAGGUGACGUUUGAGCAGAUCAAACGGGAGCAGCCUCGGGCUGCCAAUCUUCUUUCACUAAUGAGCUACUUCCACUCGCAAAACAUACCCGAGUAUAUGCUGCACGACUAUGAUAGCAGCUUUGAACAUGAUGAAGAGAGCGAUGAUGACGAUGACGACGAAGAAAUAGACGACGACGGGAACUUUGAGGACGACUUGGAUGUACUCAGAGGCUACUCGCUUGUUACAAUGACAGCUACAUCGGGACUCUGUGAAAUGCAUUCAUUAGUACAAUUUUGCACAAAAGUUUGGGUUUCAGAGUUUGGUUGCCUAAAGAAGUGGAGGAGACUCUUCCUUCAGUCUGCCUCACAACACUUUCCCUCGGGCGUCUUCGAAACAUGGAAGCAGUGUCAAACAUUGAUGCCCCAUGUAGAGCCACUGUUACAUGAAGAGCUGUCAAAGAAAAGCGAUCGAUUAGCAUGGAGCGAGUUACUGACGAGAAUGUCUUGGUACUUCGUCAUGCUAGGCGAAUACACCAGAGCUGAGGCGGUUGUACAAGAAGCUGUGAGUAUUCGUAUGAGAAUUCUAGGUCAGGAUCAUCCCUCGACGCUCACUAGCAUGGCCAACCUGGCAUCGGCAUACCGGAGUCAAGGGCGGUGGAAGGAGGCGGAAGAGCUAGACGUGCGGGUGAUGGAGACGAGUUCAAGGGUGCUUGGGGAUAAACAUCCUGACACGCUCACCAGCAUGGUCAACCUGGCAUCGACAUACUGGAACCAAAGGCGGUGGAAGGAGGCGGAAAAGCUACUGGUGCAGGUGGUGGAGACGAGGAAAAGGGUGUUUGGAGAUGAACAUCCUGACACGCUCACCAGCAUGAACAACCUGGCAUCGACAUACUGGAACCAAGGACAGUUGAAGGAGGCGGAAGAGCUAGAGGUGCAGGUGAUAGAGACAAGAAAAAGAGUGCUCAGGGAUAACCAUCCCGACACGCUCACCAGCAUAAACAACCUGGCAUCAAUAUACCAAAACAAAGGGCAGUGGAAGAAAGCGGAAGAGCUAUUUGUGCAGGUGGUAGAGAUAAUGAAAAGGGUGCUUGGGGAUGAACAUCCUGACACGCUUAACAGCAUGGCCAACCUGGCAUCGACAAACCGGAACCAAGGGCAGUGGAAGGAGGCGGAAGAGCUAUUUGUGCAGGUGAUGGAGACAAGGAAAAGGGUGCUUGGGGAUGACCAUCCUGACACGCUCAGCAGCAUGGCCAACCUGGCAUCGACAUGGCGGAACCAAGGGCGGUGGAAGGAGGCGGAAGAGCUAUUUGUGCAGAUAAUAGAGAUGAGUUCAAGGGUGCUUGGGGAUAAACAUCCCUUGACACUUAGUAGCAUAGCUAACCUGGCAUCUACAUGGCGGAACCAAGGGCGGUGGAAUGAGGCAGAAGAGCUAGACGUGCAGGUGAUGGAGAUAAUGAAAAGGGUGCUUGGGGAUAAACAUCCUGACACGCUCACUAGCAUGGCCAACCUGGCAUCGACAUGGCGGAACCAAGGGCGGUGGAAGGAGGCGGAAGAGCUAGACGUGCAGGUGAUGGAGACAAGGAAAAGGGUGCUUGGGGAUGAACAUCCCGACACGCUCACCAGCAUGAACAACCUGGCAUCGACAUACUGGAACCAAGGGCGGUGGAAGGAGGCGGAAGAGCUAGACGUGCAGGUGAUGGAGAUGAGUUCAAGGGUGCUUGGGGCUGAACAUCCCUCGACGCUCACGAGCAUAAACAAUCUGGCUCAUACAUGGAAAAGCCAGAACCGGUAUGUCGACGCAAUACGGUUGAUGCGUGGCUGCCUUGAAUCUCGGCAGCGCUCCCUUGGAGUCGACCAUCCAGACACCAGGUCUUCCCAUUCAACCCUGCAGGAAUGGGAGAGAGAGAAGUUUCUCACAUAA